CAAAAUAAUUAAAAAAGUUAACAAAUCUAUACGUAUGAAAUGAGUUUUUUUUUUAUUGGCAUAUAAAAUACCGUUUAGAUAUCUAUAACCAAAGUUUUCGUAUGCCAAAGGUUUUGAGUUUUAUUUGUAACACGAUAAAGCAACACAUUUCAUCAAUAUCCAUAAAAAUGUAUAAUUCGUAGCUAUUACCAAAUAGGUUUGUUGACCAUCUAAUGUAUACAGUAAACUGGUUCUAGAUGUUUUAUUUAUACGCAUAACAGCAUAAUAUCAUAAAUAAUAGCGAUAGCCGGUGUUAUUUCUAAGACGCAAAUAUACUAUCAAAACGUGAUCUCGAAAUUUUGAAAGAAAUGUCUAUUGUGUAACUAAUUGUAUCGGAAGGCAUGUUAAACUGUGGGCUGCAGCUGUUCCUACAUGUUUGACAGCCGCUAAGGGUAGUCGUAACGGCUAGUAGGAGGUCUGGCAACCAGUAGGUACUAGAGGCAUCGUGUUGCCCAGGUAAUUGGGUUGAGAAGGUCUAGCUCUUAGCUGCAUCUGAUCAAACUAGAAGCUGAUCCCAGUAUAGUGGUGGGAAAAGGCAACAUAGUCUGUACUGAAAUUAAUUUUAUCUUACACAGCUGCGUAGCUAAGACUGUUGUCGGCGGCUAGUGUGGAUAGUUAACGCAUAUACCAGACCACGAAAAAAUAGGCUCCCCAGGAUGAUAGUAAUACGGUUUAUAAUAGAACUGUUUCCCUUUAGCCAAUUGUCAUCCCUAAAAUGAUUAACGUCAAUAGAAAUAACAUUCCGUUUUGAUUAAUACGUGACUUAGAGGUGCCUUCUCCAUAAGUACAGGAGCAUUUUCUACUCUUGUUGAAAUUGUAGAUGUGUUACCGACUUCUUCAAUCGUGUAGUAAGCUAAAGCAGAAUAUUCUAGUUAAGUCCUUUACUAAAACGAUCAAAACAGAAGAAAGAUAUUUAGAAAUUAUGUAAUAUAGACCUAUGUAACACUUACGAGCGGUAAAUCUUUUUAUUCAUAUUAUUGUGUUUUAUGGUUUUAAAUCACUUAAUGUGCAUAACACCUUUGAUAAGUUUAAUGAAUGAGUUUUAAUCUUGUUCGCACUUCGACUCAUGUGGCUGGCUCGCAGCGCAAAUAAUAUUUUAAUAUUAACAGCCGGUAAGAAUUAUAAUUUUGUCUUAUCCUUCUCACGCCUUGAAUAAAGACUGCACGAAUAGCCGAGUGGUUGAGAUCACCAAUCCACUGAGCACGACGUGUCGCGGGUUUGAUCUGCGUGUAGGACAAGCGUUUGUGUGAUCCACGAACGCUUUUGCCGAGCCUGGCUAUUUUGGUGCAUCUGACUUGAAUGUUUGUGAAAGCCCCCCUUACUUCGAUUACUUUCCCUUUUUAUCGGGUCCCAGUGUCCAAAUUUUCCAUCUGUGCCUAGUACCUACUUAGAUAGGAAAUACUUGGUCUUUUAUAGUACUCCGUAACCAUAGAGUAGUGACGGAACCCUAUCUCUGGGGCGACGUUGCCUAUUUCGUCGGUCACCGGCGGAAUAACAAUAACUAAUAAAAACCGAGGAAGCAACGGUUGGAACAGACAAAAAUUCGAUGGGCGAACUUUUGCAAUUGUUUUUCUAUAACCUAUUCUUAAAGAACCCUCAGUCCAAUAUGCCCUGCAUUGGUUUUUAUUAUUCAUAAUUUACACGAAACGUGAAAAAGGUUGGAAGUCAAUGAGUUCAUAAUAUUACGCCACUAAUCUUAAGAACAAUACUUUUAGUAAGGCUUUGCGUGCAAUAUAGGACCAAAGAUACGGUUUUUAUUCGUCAAGCGGAAAAUAAGUUUCAUAUGAACUUACUCUAACUCUCGUACAACCCUUUUUUUACAGCUAAAAUGUAGCCUAUGUCCUUUCUCAGACUCUUCACUGUAUCUGUGUACCAAGACAGAGAAACUUUAGCUUUUAUAAUAUUAGUGGCUUUUUCAGUGGUAUGGCUGCCGGAAUGCCGAUCAUACUUACAAAAAAGCUCAAAAAACAUGUGGGCCAUCACCCCACCCCCGAAACACAGACGUGACGACCUCUUCCCCCCUGAAGAUAACAAUGAAGGUUACAGGGGCGGUGACGGAGUUAAUUACGGAUUACAUGAAAUCAACAUGCCACAAGUCGGCACGGCCACGUAUAAAAUGACUGCUUGUUAUAUUAUAGCGAACACAUAUUAUAGCUCGUUGAAAGAUUUGAGAAUGUACUACGAUAAAAGAUAUUUUUAUGAAAACAAUAUAGAAUACGAAGUGGGAUAUAUGACAAACGAGAUAAUAACGAAAUACCAAAAAAUGUUAGAAUUGUUUUAUAUGGCUCAAAAGCGAUUCUUUUUCAAUCAAAAUAGGAAUUUCGCUCCGUCUACAUACAUGAUAUAUUUGUACACAAACAUAUUGGAGAUGGCCACAGUCAUAGGUCAUCUGUGUAACAUGCUUCACGAACUUGAGGAAAAAUUCAAGAAAGCGCCUAAAUCAGGAUUUCAUGACUAUCACUUGGAGCUUAAGAGUAAGUACGACAUGAACGAUAAGAAAAACCGACAGCGUGCCAUUGACGCGUUACAAAAGCAGUUGGCAAAGGAAAAGAGGAAGCGGGCCAAACAGAGGAAGAAGCAAAGAGAGAAGAAUCUGUAUAUCGGCUUCAAGCCUACUACGCCGUCGAGGAAACAAAAGAAAUCGAAACGCUGGCCUUUGCAUUACGGCUGGUCCAUCGAAAACUGGUGAACAAUAUAAUCAUGUGACGUUGAUACCUAAUUGUAAAAAUGAUAUUGACAUUAUACAAGCAAGUAAAGCGUCCUUUGACCAAACAUAUUACAUCGACUUAAUGGUUUUUCAAUUAAUAUAAAACA